CAAUAACGCAAAACCAUAGAUAUGCAGAAACUGAGAGGAGAACAGUGCACAUAACCCUCUCUCUCUCUCUCUCUCAGAUCCCUCCCUCAAUACCCAAAUUAGAUCAAAACCCUAAGUCUAACCCUACAAUUUCCUCUCAAUUCCCCAAAUACUUAGAUCUAUUCACGUUCUUUAGGUUUUAGGUUUCUCCUUCAUCAUGGCGUGCAUAAAGGGCGUGAACAGAUCGGCCUCCGUGGCCCUCUCGCCGGACGCGUCCUACCUGGCGGCCGGGACAAUGGCCGGAGCGGUGGAUCUGUCGUUUAGUUCGUCUGCGAAUCUCGAAAUCUUCAAGCUCGAUUUCCAGUCCGACGAUCAGGACCUGUCUCUAGUUGGUGAGUCGCCCAGUUCUGAGCGGUUUAACAGGCUCUCCUGGGGCAAGAACGGAUCGGGGUCCGAGGAAUUCGCGCUUGGGCUUAUUGCUGGUGGGCUCGUCGACGGCAAUAUUGAUGUUUGGAAUCCUCUUAAGCUGAUCCGCUCUGAGGCAAGUGAAAGUGCUCUUGUUGGACAUCUCUCAAGGCAUAAAGGGCCUGUUCGUGGUCUUGAAUUUAAUGCAAUUGCACCAAACCUACUUGCUUCUGGAGCUGAUGAAGGCGAGAUUUGCAUUUGGGAUUUGGCAGCACCUGCAGAACCUUCUCAUUUUCCACCUCUCAAGGGUAGUGGAUCUGCUAAUCAAGGUGAAAUUUCUUUCUUAUCUUGGAAUAGCAAGGUCCAACAUAUAUUAGCAUCCACUUCAUACAAUGGAACAACUGUGGUUUGGGACUUAAAGAAGCAAAAGCCAGUGAUAAGUUUUUCAGAUUCAAAUAGAAGGCGAUGCUCUGUUUUGCAGUGGAAUCCUGAUGUUGCCACUCAGCUAGUUGUUGCAUCAGAUGAAGACAAUUCACCUGCCCUUAGGCUAUGGGAUAUGCGUAACACAAUAACACCAGUGAAAGAGUUUGUGGGGCACACUAAAGGUGUAAUUGCAAUGUCAUGGUGUCCCAUUGACAGCUCUUACUUGCUUACCUGUGCCAAGGACAAUCGAACCAUUUGUUGGGACACAAUUUCUGGAGAGAUUGUCUGUGAAUUGCCAGCUGGUACCAACUGGAAUUUUGAUAUACACUGGUACCCCAAGAUACCUGGAGUCAUAUCAGCGUCUUCAUUUGAUGGGAAAAUUGGCAUUUAUAAUAUUGAGGGUUGCAGCCGUUUUGGCAUUGGGGAAAAUGAGUUUGGUGCAGCACCCCUAAAAGCUCCAAAAUGGUACAAACGUCCAGCAGGGGUUUCAUUUGGUUUUGGAGGCAAACUUGUUUCAUUUCACACCAAGUCAUCUGCUGCUGGAGCUUCCACUGGAGGUUCAGAGGUUCAUGUGCAUGACUUAGUUACAGAACAAAGUUUGGUAACCCGCUCUUCCGAAUUUGAAGCUGCAGUACAACAUGGAGAAAGGUCUUCAUUGAAGGCUUUGUGUGACAGAAAAUCUCAAGAGUCUGAUUGUCUGAACAGAUCUUCAGAUGACAGAGAAACAUGGGGCUUCUUGAAGGUUAUGUUUGAAGAUGAUGGAACAGCAAGGUCAAAGCUGCUCACUCACCUUGGUUUUGAUAUGGUAAAUGAAGAAAAAGAUACUGUACAAAAUGAUCUCUCUCAAGAAGUGAAUGCCCUCGGUCUUGAGGAAAGCACAGCUGAGAAAGUGGCUUAUGUCGAGGAGAAAGAAACCACCGUUUUCCCUUCAGAUAAUGGGGAAGAUUUCUUUAACAAUCUUCCCAGUCCUAAAGCUGAUACACCUUUAUCUACUUCUGUUAAUAACUUUGUUGUUGAAGAGACUGCUACUGUCGAACAAAUGCAGCAAGAGGUGGAUGGACAGGAGGAAAGUGCUGAUCCAGCAUUUGAUGAGUGUGUGCAACGGGCUUUGGUUGUUGGAGAUUACAAGGGGGCAGUUGCACAGUGUAUGGCUGUAAAUAAAAUGGCUGAUGCUUUAGUUAUCGCUCACGUGGGUGGUUCAUCCUUGUGGGAGAGUACGCGUGAUCAGUACCUCAAGAUGAGCCGUUCACCCUAUCUAAAGGUUGUGUCUGCAAUGGUGAACAAUGAUCUUAUGAGCCUUGUUAACACCAGACCUCUAAAAUCCUGGAAAGAAACACUUGCUCUUCUGUGCACUUUUGCACCAAGGGAGGAAUGGACUAUGCUUUGUGACACACUUGCUUCAAAGCUCAUGGCUUUUGGCAAUACACUGGCUGCAACUCUUUGUUAUAUAUGUGCUGGAAAUAUUGAUAAAACGGUGGAGAUUUGGUCCCGGAGUCUGACUGCUGAGCAUGAAGGAAAGUCCUAUGUUGAUGUUCUUCAGGAUUUGAUGGAAAAAACUAUUGUCCUUGCUUUGGCAACUGGUCAGAAGCGAUUUAGUGCGUCUUUGUAUAAGCUUGUUGAGAAAUAUUCUGAAAUACUAGCAAGUCAAGGGCUUUUGAAAACAGCUAUGGAGUACUUGAAACUUUUGGGGUCUGAUGAACUAUCUCCUGAACUUGUGAUAUUACGAGAUCGAAUUGCUCUCUCCACAGAACCUGAGAAAGAGGUGCCUAAGACUAUGCCUUUUGAUAACUCUCAAGGACUUGCAUAUGGUGCCGAUCAAUCCAGUUAUGGUGUAGUGGACUCCUCUCAACAUUAUUAUCAGGAAACAGCUCCGACACAAAUGCAGUCUAGUGUUCCUGGAAGUCCAUAUGGUGACAAUUAUCAACAGCCUUUUGGUACUUCAUAUGGUAGUAGAGGUUAUGUUCCUCCUGCCCCAUAUCAGCCUGCCCCGCAGCCUCAUAUGUUCCUUCCAUCCCAGGCACCUCAAGUUCCCCAGGAGAACUUUGCUCAACCUCCUGUCACUAGUCAGCCUGCUGUGAGACCCUUUGUCCCUGCCACUCCCCCGGUCCUGAGAAAUGUUGAACAAUAUCAGCAGCCCACAUUGGGUUCUCAGCUAUAUCCUGGAGCUACUAAUUCUACUUAUCAAUCUGGACCUCCUGGGGCUGGUUCCCUUGGUAGUGUCACGUCUCAUGUGGGUACAGUUCCUGGUCAUAAGCUGCCCCAGGUUGUGGCUCCCACUCCCACACAAAGGGGAUUUAUGCCAGUUAAUUCAGGGGUUGUUCAAAGACCUGGGAUGGGUCCGAUGCAACCUCCAAGUCCUACUCAACAGGCACCAGUUCAGCCAGCUAUUACACCUGCAGCUCCACCACCAACAAUACAGACAGUUGAUACUUCAAAUGUACCUGCCCAGCAAAGGCCAGUAGUUGCAACAUUGACAAGACUGUUCAAUGAAACGUCAGAAGCCCUGGGAGGUUCACGUGCAAACCCAGCCAAGAAGCGGGAAAUAGAAGAUAAUUCAAGGAAAAUUGGUGCCUUGCUUGCAAAACUUAACAGUGGAGACAUAUCUAAAAAUGCUGCUGAUAAGCUUGUUCAGCUCUGCCAGGCUUUAGACAAUGGUGAUUUCGGCACUGCCUUACAAAUUCAGGUACUCCUUACGACCAGUGAGUGGGAUGAGUGCAACUUCUGGCUAGCAACACUAAAGAGGAUGAUCAAGACAAGGCAGAAUGUGAGAUUAAGUUAGAGAGGCACAAAUUCCUCCAACCAUUCCAUACCUGGUUUGCAAGGGUAAUUACAUUGAAGCAUACCAAUCCUUUUUCUUCAAAAUACACAAGAAAUGGCUUCUUGAGAUUGCAAUUGCAGGAUUUUGGCUCUUUGUUAUUUCACUGCAUCUUUCAUCCAAGACUGGCUUUCACUCUCAUGCUAUUUUUGGAAGCAGUCAGAGAAGAUGGUUCUCAGGACAUCAAUGAACUUUUGCUGAUUGUCUUUCAUUUAAGAUUUGUAGUAUGGAGAAAUAGAGUCUGGUAUUUAAUUCAUAUAUGUUUUUACCCUCCAUAGUUUUUCAUUUUUCUAUUUUUCUUUUCCUUUUUGUCUGGAGCUCAUCCUGUAAGCUGCCCAGUGAUUUGCUUACUGGUGAGUUGGUCACCCAGUUUGGUAUCUACAUGGCCAUUAAAUUUGUACCACCCAUGUGAUUUUAUCUUUAGUAAGAACAUUUGAGAAUUUUAAUAAUAGGCAUUCUGAUUUGUUGGAUUGUUCUCCA